AUGAUCAAUUGCAAUUUCUGUAGGUUACCGGAGGAUGUCAGAAAGGAAGUCAUGACCCGAGCAUUGAACCGGACAAGAAGUGUAUUACUACCGACAGAAUUAAGUACUCGAAAAGGUUAUAGAAGCGGUUGGGUUUCACAGGAAGGGAGUAGCAGAGGAAUAAGGACUGAAAGCAACGGUCGAUUCAGCGGCGGUGGGAGAUCGGACCGGUGGGUUUUCACGAAACAGCCGCCGUUUUUCAGUCGGGCAUUAUCGGUUAAAUCCCCUAGAGUGGCGGCGGAUGGAGAAGGGUCAACUUCUGUAAGGACACCUAGAAAUGGUGGGUCAAAGUUGCCAUCGUUUAAGUGUUUGGAACCAAACACAAAAGACGAUGAAACCGGUUUGGUUUUGGCCGAUUCAAAUAAAAACCCGGUUCGAGAAGAUGAACUUCAUCAGUGUUGAUGGUUGAUUAAAUUAAGUUAACUGAACCGACAAGUUCGGUUUUCAGUUUUUAAUUAUCAAUUUUGUGAUGCACAGAUUGUUGUAAUAUGGGAAGAUAUGGGAAAUGGGAAGUAUUUUUAAGUAAUGUUUUGUGAUUUUAUACUUAAAAUGUAAUAUUAAAUUUAUUUACAUUUACUUAAUUACUUUGAUAUAUUUUCUUUAA